UAUCUUCCUGCGGAAGCUUGAGCGUUAUCAACCACUCAAGAUCAAUGCAUUAUGAAUCCGCUGGGAACACCUCGUCUCGUGAGGAAUCAUCACAGAACGUAUCGCUAAUCCAGAGAGUUAUUACCAUUACAAAAGAUGGAGAAGAAGGGAGAGAAAAAAGUUUUUCUUCUACAUAUUUAAACCAUACCUCCCAGAUCUCCCUCCUAUCUCCCCCUCCCCCCACACACACAGUUCCACACACACAACAAACUCCAAACUCACUCACCCACAACUCACCUUUCCAAACCCACCAUUUCCAACCUUAACCCCCCUCACAAACCCCCCCAAAUAAAAACUCUUACAAUGCACCUCACCCCCAUCUUCCCCAUCUUCCCCCUCUUCCUCCUCCCCAC